AGUAAUCGCAUUUGAUCCUUGUAUGUUAUGAUAUACUCUUGAUUAUGACAAUGGAUCACUUCGACACAGCAAACGACACCACCAGCAACGACGUCAACUACGCAGGCAUCAACGGCGCCAUCUACACAGGCAACGAGACCACCAGCAACGACGCCAGCAGCAGCGGCACCAACAACUACGCAGGCAAUAACGACUCCAACAACUACACUGACGAUGACGCAGUCAACGACGAUACAACCUGAAAUGGCAUCAGUCGCAUCAUCAACUUCAGCAAUACGGCCUUCUACCGCAUCUCUUGACUGUGGCAGCUCGUCCGCAGAGGGGGCAUAUGACAGGCACUGGUCAGGAAAUCAGCAAUGUGGCUCAACAUUCACCUUCAGCUUCGGUUCAGUGGAUAUUUCAAACGUCACUGUGCACUACUCCUACGAGAUCCGAAAUAGCAGUGACAACAUCCAGCUCUUGGACAUCACUGACAAUGAGAACACGAACAGCAUCAUCAGCUCGGUGAUCAGGAUCGAGCUCAUUGACGGAAACACGACCAUCAACCUCUCCAACGGGACCAUUCAAAUAGAAUUCAUGAUCCAAUCUACCGAAGGAUUCCCACCCACGGAUGGUUCCAGCGAAGUGCAUUGUGUUUACCAGGUUCACGACAGUGUUUGGUCAACAGAAGGACUUCAGGUUGUGUCUGUCGAUUCUGAGAUGGUCGUGUGUAACAGUUCUCACCUCACAAGCUUCGCAGUUCUGCUCUCUCUUCGGGUACGUACAUGUAGUUGAUAGCG